AUGUCAAACAAUCCUACUAAGCAGGACCGCUCGGAAGCGAUCAAGGAUAUAAAGAGUAAGAUUGCCAUAGAGCGGAACAUCAUUCAAGGAUAUCAGGAUGUGAAGCGAAAUUCGACGAAUGCUGAGGUUGUACAAAAGUGUAAGUCGAAAAUUGUUGAGUCGCAAACAUUGAUUGAUUUCUACCUGGACUCCUUAAACAAGUUGAUGAGACAGAUGCGGGAAUUAGACACCAAGAGUAGUGCCGAUGACGACAGGAGCUCUCGAAGCAGAAUGUCGGUGACGAAGCCAACUUUUUCUAGGUUUGAUCUUAUCAAGUAUGAGUGUCCUUCUUUAGGUCACAAGAUACAGCACAUGAUCCAACAGUUGCAAUUUAAGCUUCAAGUGGAGAACCAGUAUCGUGAAGCAAACAUGAAAAUUUCACAUUUGUAUUUGAUGGACGGAGAUAAGUCUUCGAGUAAUGCAGCCGAGGGCGGUAGAGCUGAAAGCGAUCAGAAGAUUCAGUUACUUGAAAAGACUUUGAGGAAAUAUCAAAGCUUUAAUAUCAACUAUGACGAUUUUAACAAGGACUAUGAAAUCAUGGAUACGCCAAAGCAUGUAAGAAAACCUUUAAGUGGAAAACUCACUAUUGGGGUAACAUGUGUUAGAGAUGUGGAUCACAUGGCUACAGCGGCUUUCAAAAAGCGUGAAACCAUUGUUGUUGUGAAGAUUGAUGAUGUCGAGAAAGCUCGUACGAGGCCCUCGAAGAAUGACAACUGGUCAGAGGAAAUGAUCAUCAACGUUGAUAAGAGUCACGAAAUUGAACUCACGGUAAUGGAUAAACAAGCUGGGAAUUACGUGCCAAUAGCAAUCAACUGGCUUUCAUUAUUUGACCUCGCGGAAGAGAUUCGUAAGAAAAAAGUUGCAAAUGAUCCUGGGGCAAGUGGAUGGUUGCCGGCAUCGAAUUUGCCCCAGACAAGUGAUUAUGAUCAAACCCCAUUCCAAAGUAGCUCCAAUACAAGCCAAGGCUCGUCGUUAACACUUCCCGUACAAAACGACUUAGCUCCAUCUAAAUCUCCUAUAAAGGGAGACCGGGAUGUUUCAGAGCGUCAAAAGAUUCUGGUCAAUACCUGGAUCAGUCUUGAGCCAUGCGGCCAAAUGCUUGUGAAUUUGAAUUUUGAGAAAUCAGUUUCGGAAGGUAAACAAUUUGCUGGACCUCUUGGACGUCAUGGCGCUAUUCGUCAAAAGAAAGAAGAAAUUUUCGAACAGCAAGGACAUCAUUUUGUGCAAAAACAAUUUUAUAAUAUCAUGUGUUGUGCACUUUGUGGUGAGUUUCUUCGAUACACUGGAUUUCAAUGUCAAGAUUGUAAGUUUUUGUGUCAUAAAAAAUGUUACCAAAAGGUUGUUACCAAGUGUAUUUCGAAACCUGGCUCCAAUGAUGACGCGGCUCAGCUCAAACAUCGUAUCCCACAUAGAUUUGAGCCCAUCACGAACCACGGAACGAAAUGGUGUUGUCACUGUGGAUAUCUUUUGCCAUGGGGGAAAAAGAAUGCUCGGAAAUGUUCUGAGUGUGGAGUCAUGUGCCAUGCACACUGUACCCAUUUGGUGCCGGACCUUUGUGGAAUGUCUUUGCAAAUGGCCAAUGAAAUUUUAGCAACUAUAAAAUCAACCAAAGUUUCACCAAAGAAGGACUCACCAACUAGAGAAAAGUUUGUUCCAAGUGGAAAUGAGCACCAAUCUCCUUUGUCACAACAAAGACAAAAACCAAAGGCAUUACCACCAAAACCUGCAACACUGGCAAUGCCUUCUUAUAAUGUUGUGCCCACUUUGAAUAAUCAGUACCAACAGCACAAACUGCACCGCGAAGAUGACAGAAACAUUGAAAAACCUUUUGAGUCAAAGUUACCUACAACUUACCAGAACCACCAACUUCAAGAACCUGCAGCGGUGAACGAGUAUCCACGUGCGGGAAGAAGACGCCCACCAACAACGGAGACAGAAGAACAAGCAGAACAAGCAGAACAAGAGGAAGACGGUAAAAGAGGAACAGAAGCGGUAAGGCAAUCAAGAGCGUUUGCGGCCGAGAAAAACCAGUUGCAAACUCCAGAGAAACAUAGAAAUCAAUCAAUUUUUGGCCAUGAGGAUGAUGAUAAUGAUGAUGAUGAUGAUGAUGAUGAUGAGUAUGCUCAACAGCAUGGCGGGGCUCAUAAUAAAGCUCGCCUGAAUGUACUGGAAGUCCAAUACGAUGGAAAAAAUAUUGAUCUUUCUCAAACCGAUAUCAAAAACAUCAAAGAUAAUGACGGUAAGCGUGAUAAUAUUCGUAAUACGUUUGAGAAUUUCGAAUACAACAAUCAUUCAACGCAAGACCAAGUUGUUCCAAUGGAUGUGGAUACUAGCAACCACGUGGAAAGCCCAUUUGCAGAUCAACAUCAGCAGCUCCAAAAAGAACCAUCAAAAGCACACUCUAAAUCUUCAAAGAGUAAACGUCGUAGAAGAAAAGUUGGUUUGGACGACUUCCAAUUCUUGGCUGUUUUGGGUAAGGGUAAUUUUGGUAAAGUAAUGUUGGCCGAGUCGAGACACACCCAAAAAUUAUGUGCAAUCAAAGUUCUAAAGAAGGAUUUUAUUGUUGAAAACGAUGAAGCAGAAAGUGUUAAAUCCGAGAAACGAGUAUUUCUAACCGCAAAUAAGGAGAUGCAUCCAUUCUUGUUGAAUUUGCAUUGCUGCUUUCAAACCGAGAAUAGAAUAUACUUUGUUAUGGAAUACAUUUCUGGUGGUGACUUGAUGUGGCAUAUUCAGAAUAAUAGAUUCACAGCACGAAGAGCCAAGUACUAUGCUUGUGAGGUCUUGCUUGGUUUAAAGUAUUUCCAUGAUAGUGGUAUAGUAUACCGUGACUUGAAGUUGGAUAACAUCUUGCUAACGACUAAGGGCCAUAUCAAAAUUGCAGAUUACGGUUUGUGUAAGGAAAAUAUGUGGCACGGGAACACCACGUCAACGUUUUGUGGUACUCCGGAAUUUAUGGCUCCAGAAAUUGUCACUGGUAAGAAAUACGAUCGAUCUGUAGACUGGUGGGCGUUUGGUGUAUUGUUGUUUCAAAUGCUUUUAUGUCAGUCGCCAUUCAAAGGUGAUGAUGAGGAUGAUAUUUUCAAUGCCAUUGAGCACGAUGAAGUCAAAUUCCCGGUUAGUUUAUCUGGCCCAACUGUUUUGGUUUUGCAAGCGUUGUUGACGAAGGACCCACAGCAGAGAUUGGGUAGUAGCGAACGUGACGCUGAAGAGAUUAUGGAGCAUCCAUAUUUCCAAGAUGUCAAUUUUGAUGACGUUUUGAAUUGCCGCGUGCCUCCUCCUUUUAUUCCUGAAUUGAAAUCCGAACAUGAUUACUCCAAUUUCGAUAAGGAGUUUACUUCAGAGACACCACGAUUGACACCGGUAGAGACAGUGUUGACUUCAGAAAUGCAAGAGCAGUUCAGAGGAUUCUCACAUAUUUCUGACCACGCUUCUAUCUAG